CUGACGUUUGCGCCGCGUACGACCAUGUCCGCCAUGUUAGUGUCUGACGCAGGCGCCAUUACAGGAGCAGUCUCUCUUGAGGCGACUGUCAGCUAGUCCCUGACAGUGUUUGGGGAGCUUAAGGGGUUUGAGGCAGCGACUAGACGCCUGGAAUUAGAGGCAAUGAGGAAACGGAACAACAGGGCAACAAAGUGUUUUGACACGGGGCCUCCGGAAGUUCGCGGGUGGUGCCAAGUUCAGUUUCGUCAGGGCCAUGCAUCCGGGAACGAGCUAAUCAGCCCCCGCCCCCACUGUGAUGUGACUACGAAGAAAACGUUUUGAUCCCGUCUCUUAUUGCAGUCCUAUAAGCGACCUCAUUUCCUUAGCAAAAGGCCAGCGGUCCCGGGCGAUCUGCGUUUAGAACCGGGGUAUCUGAAUCAAAGUAACUGCAAUUGGUUGGAAUCCAGACUUUACCUUAUUGGUGUGACGAGACUAUCUACUUCAUAAAAUUCUUAUGAAGAUUAAGGAAGUUGAUUCAUGAGGAGCUUUUAGAAUAGCACUUGGCAUAAGGAUUCAUUUUCCUUUUGAAUUCUCGCUUUGCAGACUGCAAUGUCAGCCCGAGUACUUGUAAUUGGCAAUGGAGGGAGGGAACAUACACUGGCCUGGAAACUUGCACAGUCUCAUCAUGUCAGACAAGUAUUGGUUGCCCCAGGAAAUGCAGGCACCGCAUCCUCAGAAAAGAUUUCAAAUAUUGCCAUCUCAGUCAGUGAUCACACUGCCCUUGCUCAAUUCUGUAAAGAUGAGAAGAUAGAAUUAGUAGUUGUUGGACCAGAGGCACCUCUGGCUGCAGGAAUUGUUGGGAACCUGACAUCUGCAGGAGUGCGAUGCUUUGGCCCUACUGCAGAAGCAGCUCAGUUAGAGUCCAGCAAAAAGUUUGCCAAAGACUUUAUGGACCGACAUGGAAUCCCAACUGCACGAUGGAGAGCAUUCACCAAACCUGAAGAGGCCUGCAGCUUUAUUAUGAGUGCAGACUUUCCUGCUUUGGUUGUGAAGGCCAGUGGUCUUGCAGCUGGGAAAGGUGUGAUUGUUGCAAAUAACAAAGAAGAGGCCUGCAGAGCUGUGCAGGAGAUCAUGCAGGAAAAAGCUUUUGGAACAGCUGGAGAAACAAUUGUUGUUGAAGAGCUUCUCGAAGGAGAAGAGGUGUCUUGUCUGUGUUUCACUGAUGGGAAGACUGUGGCACCCAUGCCCGCAGCCCAAGACCAUAAGCGACUGCUGGAGGGAGAUCGUGGCCCCAACACAGGGGGAAUGGGAGCCUAUUGUCCAGCACCUCAGGUUUCUAAGGAUUUGUUACUAAAAAUUAAAAAUAGCAUUCUUCAGAGGACAGUAGAUGGCAUGCAGCAAGAGGGCAUUCCAUACACAGGUGUCCUCUAUGCUGGUAUAAUGUUGACCAAGGAAGGCCCAAAAGUUCUGGAGUUUAAUUGCCGUUUUGGUGAUCCAGAGUGCCAAGUAAUCCUUCCACUUCUUAAAAGUGAUCUUUAUGAAGUGAUUCAGUCCACUUUAGAUGGCCUACUCUGCACAUCUCUGCCCAUUUGGCUAGAAACCCACACUGCCAUAACUGUCGUCAUGGCAAGUAAAGGUUAUCCUGGAGAAUACAGCAAGGGUAUGGAGAUAACAGGAUUUUCUGAGGCUCAAGCUUUAGGACUAGAGGUUUUCCACGCAGGCACUACCUUCAAAGAUGGCAGGGUAGUGACCAGUGGGGGUAGAGUCCUCACAAUAACGUCCAUCCAGGAAAAUCUCAUAUCAGCCCUUGAAGAAGCCAAGAAGGGACUAGCUGCUAUAAAGUUUGAGGGAGCAAUUUAUAGGAAGGACAUCGGCUUCCGUGCUAUAGCUUUCCUCCAGCAGCCCAGGGGCCUGACUUACAAGGAAUCAGGGGUAGACAUUGCUGCUGGAAAUAUGCUGGUCAAGAAAAUUCAGCCUUUAGCAAAAGCCACCUCUAGGUCAGGCUGUGAAGUUGAUCUUGGAGGUUUUGCUGGUCUUUUUGACUUGAAAGCAGCCGGUUUCAAAGAUCCUCUUCUGGCCUCUGGAACAGAUGGUGUUGGAACUAAACUGAAGAUUGCCCAGCUGUGCAACAAACAUGAUACUAUUGGUCAAGAUUUGGUUGCAAUGUGUGUAAAUGAUAUUCUGGCACAAGGAGCAGAGCCCCUCUUCUUCCUUGAUUACUUUUCCUGUGGAAAACUUGAUCUCGGUACGACUGAAGCUGUUGUUGCUGGAAUUGCUAGAGCUUGUGGAAAAGCUGGAUGUGCUCUUCUUGGUAUGAUCAUCCACUUUAAUCAUACACCCUUCUUAUUUUGUUGUAGCACUAUGUAUAAACAUGAUUGGUGCCAAUAUAGCUAGAGCAAGAGACUAUAU